CAUUUGGUAUUCAUUUUGAUAUUGGUUUUUGUCGACCCAUCCCCAGCUACUUCAAACUGCAAAAGGAAAGGCCAGUUUGACGAUCGAAGGUCACGGAGAUCAUUACGUAAAACGUAUCAUAAGACGGCGGAGAGGUUGGGUGAGAAAGGAGACGAAAAAGGCCAGAGACAUCAGUCGAGUGAGCAUCUCCGACACGGCAACAACUGCAGCGCACUAUCUGUCACCAUCUGCCUUCUACAACGUAUUGCCAGUUCGCAUCCAUGGUUAAUAAGGCGUCGUUUGCUGUUCAUGAGUGUUGUAUCGUUGAUUGAUGGGUCGACCACUGGUGUACUGAUGUCUCCUCGGUAUGGCGGAUACCAAACAACAACGCCGCCGCCGCCUUACUACCCAAAAUCAACUUACGCAACGACCAGUUACUGCACCGAGGUCUACAAGUACUACACUACUAAGGCACCGGAGUUUUAUACCAUAACUUACGCUGCCCCGAGCCACUACACUGUCGCCCUGAAGUAUUACUCUGCCCUGAGUUACUACACCACCAAGGCGACGGAGUACUACAUGACUACGCAUGCUGCCCCAUCCUACUACACCGAGGCUUCUAACUGCUACACCAAGGCUCCCGCUGAUUACUCUACCAAAAAGGGUUGAAUACUACACCGACGCGGUAAAGUGCUAUUCUGCCCCGAUCUACACAACCACAACUGAGGCGGCGAAGUAUUACGCAGUCCCGACUUACUACACAGAAGCUGCUCUUUCGUGCUACGUUGAACAGAAAACUACACUGAUGCUCCAGUUUACUACACCAAGACCUGCGCUACACCUUACUACAACACCGCAGCCCCCAAGUACUACACCGAAGAAGCCGCCUAUUACCCAACCACGUACGCUGCCUAGUUUACUACAUCGAGGAAUUUAAGUAUUACCCUGCUCCAAACUACUACCAAGGUUCAUAUGUAUUUUACAUCAGCAAUUCUCCCGACUAUGUCACCACUACUUACGCUGCUCCGAACUAUACAACGAAGUUCUGAAGUAUUUCUCUGGAUGUGUUGAAAGAUUGCUGAAAUACAAGAUUGAUUGAUAAAUAACAA